UCCAAUUCUCACAUCUUUAUUUGCCUAAAAUAUAUAGAUCUCUCUUUCUCAAUGGCAACCCAAUUACUUACAAAUGGUUCCCCCCUGUACACCACCAAAGACUCCUUUUCAGGAGAGGAUGGGGCAAUACCUGUUCUUGAUUACUCAAAGCUCGUCUCUUCUGAUCCCAGUCUCCGGUCUCUGGCCGUUCAUGACAUGGGCCGAGCUUGCAUCGACUAUGGCUGCUUCAUUGUGACAAACCAUGCAAUCCCAGACACUGUGAUCAAAAGACCAAUAGACAAACUAUUUGAAUUCUUUGAUCUGCCUGAGGAUGAAAAACGAAAAUAUGACCACAAGGAUCCAACAGAUUUAAUCAGAUGGGGCAAAGGCAAUCUCAACCACGUUAGCCGGGAAUUUGUCAAGAUGGCUGUCCAUCCUACCUUUCACUGCGCUUCUAGCCCACCUGGUUUCAGUGAGAUUUUACAGGAGUAUACCCAUAAGGUGAGAGAACUAGGAAUUGAAUUGCUUGGAGGGAUUUCAACAGCCCUAGGACUUGAACGAGACUAUAUAGAGAAGAAAAUGAACCUGAAAUCAGGCUACGAUUUCUUUACUGCAAAUGACUAUCCAUCACGCCAACAUUCUGAAAAUCGAAUUGGGCAAUUUGCUCAUAUCGAUCCUAGUCUCAUUAUCCUCAUCAUCCAGAAUGUGAGUGGUGGCUUGCAGGUUGAGCAUAACGGCAAGUGGCUCAACGUAAAUCUUAAGCCUGACUGGAUUUUUGUUAAUGUUGCUGAUCAUCUUGAGAUUUUAACCAAUGGCAAGUACAAGAGUGCUCUACAUCGAGUGGUGGUGAACAAUGAAGUUAGGAGGGCAACUCUACCCCUAUUUCUGGGGCCAUCAUUGGACACAGUCGUGAGCCCUGCACCAGAAUUCACAGACAAUGGCCGCUCACCGGCAUAUCUCGGGAUUACCUAUAAACAAUACUUGGAAUAUAAUAAUUUCCACGUUAUUGACGGAAAGUCAUGCCUGAACCAGAUUCGACUCUGAACCAUCAAAUUAAAUAAUAUUCUAUAUAUAUAUAAGCUAGGAAAAGUGUAACAUUCUACCACUGUUGUGGUGUAAUAUAUGCAUCGAUGAGAUAUGUGUGCGUGUUUUCUUUCCCUUUCCAUUUUCAGCUGAAUAAUAAAGACCGUGUUUGAG